GUGAAACUGCACUUGAGGACAUUGUCAAUAAUUUAGCUCAGUACAAAGAUGAUGUACAAGCUAAACUUCAACCCUUCAAAAAGCAAAUUGCUAAAAACAAAUUAUCAACAGCCUCUACUGCACAUCCAGGUCCUGAUGGCAAAUUACCUCAGAUCAAUAUACCCACAUUCUCUGGCAUAGUCCCUGAUCAACGCAGUCCAGAUGACACAUGGACGUAUCAACAAUAUCUUGAUACUGUGAUUUCCCAAGAUAAUCAAUAUUGGGUGAGACUCGCGUGGAAGCUGAACCACCAACAGCUUCCAGUAAAUUAUUUCAUGGCCUCAACCCAAUUAAAUUCUCAGUUAGCUAGGCUACGGAAGCAACAUGAUAAAUUGCAACUCUAUCAUGCUUUAACACAGCAACAACUUGCUAACAAAUUUAUAGAAGUUGUUGAAGAAGACAACCAUAAGACAGGCCUUUAUUUGCCACAUCAUGCUGUCCUGAAAGAUUUAGUUACAACACCAAUCAGGAUUGUAUUUAAUUGUAGUGCCAAAUUAAAGGCAGGCAGCGUGUCACUAAAUGAUUGUCUACAAACUGGACCUAGCCUAACCCAAAGACUACAAGAUGUCUUAUUACGAUUUCGCUCUUGUGUUUUUGUCUAUAUGGCCGACAUUAGUAAGGCCUUUUUAAGAGUAGGCUUACAAGAGACGGAUCGUGAUUUUACUAAAUUUCUCUGGGUGAAAGAUCCACAGGAUCCUAAUUGGGAAAUCAUUACUUAUAGAUUUGCCUCAGUACUGUUUGGAGCGACAUCCUCCCCAUUCUUACUCCAGGCUACUCUGGAUACACAUCUUAAGAAGUCUAAUAGCCCCUGCAAGACUGAGAUUAGCAACAAUUCAUACGUUGACAAUUUUCAAGGAACCACUAAUGAUGAGAAAAACUAA